UUUUGUCAGAGCACACGUCUUCUCCAUGGCAACCAGCCCACACAACUGAUCCUGCAGGCUUUCCCUAUUCAGCAGCAGAGCACAUUUACUCCAUCACAACAACAACAACAACAGCAGCAACUGAAACCACACACUCAGAAACCCCAGAAACAAACGGCCUCCUCUCAUCAGACGGACAGCGCUAGUGCCCAGUCUCAGUAACGUGAUUGGCCAAUCAUCGUCUCUUUAUUGGUGCUGUAAUAAUCCAAAAGCUCUUACUAUAAAAAGGGCAGCAUUUUUCAGAAAAGGAACUCCCUCAACGUGGCAGCUGCGUGGAACACAACACCGCCAGAUGGACACUGUGGCAACCGUGCGGAAACGCUUCACCCGACCGACAGGUGGUUGCCAAACUCAUUAUUUAUUUCAACAACAGUGCGCAUAGCAUUGCUAGCCUUUUGCAUGGUCUUUGCCAAACACAAACUCUCAAUCUUUUCUCAGUCUUUCGCUGUAAACAGCCUAAAGAACUGAGUCUGUCUGUACAGUCUUGUGUACCAUACCAUGUAAAUACACAACCGUAAAAGGAACAAAGCAAACUAUUGAAUAUUUUAUAAGCUGCA